AUGGCCAUCGGCAUCAUUGACGGUCCCAAUCAGCGAGACCAACAGCCGGAGGCAUCUGCCUCGUCCGCGCCUCCUCCGUUCGAGGCGAGUAUGUCAGACCCGGUUCUGCAGGUCUCCAAAAACGAGGUGCUAAUGCCUCGCGGGGGUGAAGACCCUCCUGCGUUCGCUCCCUACGAAGCCUCUUGCUUCACUUCCAGCGACGGAUCAUUGAUCUCUCAUGAUCCGCACUUGAACGAAGAUGGAGAGGCUCUUUACCGCUUUCUACUGUCCCAAGUUUCUAUCCCACCUACACUGGUCCUUCACUGCAAGGGCUCACACGAUGAAACUCACACUCGUUUUGUCACCUACCAUGACAAUGGCAACAACAGAAGCACAGAGACGGAGCAGUACACUGAGAAGGUUGUCGAUUUCGACUUUAAGAUAGAUGUAGGCCAACACAUCAUCGGAGACCCAACACAUUGGUCAGUGGCAGACUCCGCCCCAGGCUACCGUGGACGUAUUUUCCACGAGGUGGGAGUGGGCGAUGACAGGCAUAAGGCCACCAGAGCAGAGAGGAAGGCGGCCAAGAGUUGGGACGAUGAACGCUCUCGUAAAGGCUUUCCUCCGUGGAUCAGCAGCAACUAUACGUGGAGACAAGGGCAGCCAUCCGUCAUGCAUUCUGAUAGCGUUUUACAAUCAUCCUGGACGCUUCGUCGCUGGGCUGACGAUUACUGUUCCAGCAGCAAGUACCUCAAAGAGUUUGACUACGAGAAGGUUGUUUAUGGAUGGAAUUUCGAUGCCAUCGUAGCUGCUACACGAUCCUUGAUAAAGUCUACAUACUACAGCGGAGACAUUUACGUCGGCUUCGAAACUUCUCGCUCCCUGAUUUCCGUUCGGUCGGAAAAUCGACUCUCUCGAAUGCUUUCUAACGGGUGGAUCAAGUUCUUCCUCAUUAUCACCUUUAUAUACCCUUUUUUAUGGCUCUUCAAGCGAUUCCAUAGCCGAGGCGGUGGAACCUGGAAAGUUUGUGGCGGCGCAUACGCACUUAAACGAAUUGUACAGGCCACUGAGCAGCCCAUGGACAUGAAGCACACAGAAAGUCGGUUACGAGGUGCACCCGACCUUUUAGAACAGUAUCCCAGAUCGUGGCAUACACCAGCUGCGAUGAGAGUCGAAGGAUUAAGGGAGGGGGUAUGGUUCCAACAAUGGGAGGGGACAAUUCGGCGGGCUGUUCACAACCGACUAAGAGAUAUGGAAGCAUUGGUAAGACCUGAUAAUCAUUCAACUUCGAUAUCUCAAGCUGCCCUGCUGGAUGGUUAUUCUCUGCUUUAAUCAUGUCAACACUUAUUAAUAUGCUCCUGGUUAUAUCUUUGCAAAGUGGUAUCACAAGGUCCGAUAUGUCCAACACGGCGCAUGGGUGUUUCGCAUGCCACGUGAGACAAAGUCAGCGAGCGGAUCCUACGACAGAGAAAGUGUGUUUCCGUGAGAGAGCGUAGUGCUGUCUGUCCACACGCUGGAAGCGCUGACGUUCAACGUCUCUCGGUCUGCCGUGGGAAGACUCUCGAGCUCGA